AUGACGGCAGGCGCAGACAAACUGAUAGCAGGAUCUUCUCUAUUAAUUCGUAUACCAAAGAAAAUGCCCAACAACUGGAUUCUUAAGCAGAUUGCAUUUCCUCCUCCUAAAGAGGAUUUCUUUUCUCGCACAGGCCGACUGGGCAAACUGCUUCCACCUCGCAUUUCACUAGAAGAGCAGCAGCAGAUUCGACUGACUUGUAAAUUGGCUGGAAUCGAUCCUGUCAAAGUUGUUGGUCUACCUGCCGAGGAACUUGCAUUGCAAAGUGCAUAUUCAUUGUAUGCAAAAAGCGACAAAACACUGGUUCAAGUUAUUCGCCAAAAGAAGAUUGAAGAAAACAUGGCCAAAAUGCCUAAACGCAUUGCUGACUGGAAAGAGGAGAAACGAAAGACAAAGGCGAGCGCAAAACCGAUCAUGCCUUUUUAA